CAUUGUCCAAAGAUUUUCCAGGAUUAUUUUUCCUUAUCAUCUUUCUGUUUUGUGCCACAUGGUGACGCUGUUUCCCAGUUUUGUUUGAUUUUGGUGAAACGUGAUCAAACCAAACCACCUCAACAGGAACUGACGUUGUGUCUGCGCGAGCGAGUGGAUGGAUAAAAAUUGCAGCUUCAGGAAAAUGGCUACAAACAUCGUACCGCUAAAAGGUGUUUGAAGAAACAAAUCUCCCACUGACCCAUUGUCACAAGUGCUGACUACAAACUAGACUUAUAUGGCACCCUCAAAUUGACAUCAUGGCCCAGAUAUCCAGUGGUAAUGGGUUCAAGCUGGACGUGGCCCAGCCCAUGGGGGUUGUGGGUAAGGAGGAGGCCCUUCGCAUGGAGGCGGAGGCCUUAGCAAAACUACAAAGGGAGAAGAGACACACGCUCCCGGCGACCACCACCACUGCCGCUCCAAGGCCCGCUCCUUCCUCCAGCAGCCGACCAGAGAAGGACCUCAUAGUCUUCCCCGAUGCCAAGAAGCAGGCGGAGAAGGACAAGUUCCAGGACAUCGACGUGGACAAGCUGACCAAUGAGGAGCUGGAGAAGCUACUGCUGGACGACAGCUUCGGGGCCAACAGUGGCAAGGCCUCACGGCCCUCCUCGCUGCUGGGAUUCAACCUCAGCGCCUCCUACCCGGGGGGCCAAGCCACCUGCAGCCCCUCUCCCUUCCCCAACGGCCAGUGGACGCCUUCCAUCCUCUCCACCCCCUCCGGCUCCGGCAUGUCCACGCCAACCCACCAUCAGGCUCCCAUGUUCCCCUCUGCUCCGUUCCCCAAGCCCCAGACCUGCUCCUUCCAGAAUGGCUUUUCUCCAGCCAUGCCGCCCUACAUGGGCUUGCCUGGCCCGCAGACCUCCUUCAUGGCCUUCACUCCUAUCCAGCAGCCCGGAGCCAUGGUGUUCCAGCAGCCCACCGUCACCCCGGAGAUGGCCAAGCUCUUCCACAAGAUCCACAGCACCUCGGAAUACUUGAAGAACGGCAGGUCAGCCAGUACUGACCUGGAUGCCGCCACGACCAGUGCCGCAUCGCUGGCGCCCAACCCACCGCCACCUGCCGUGGAACCACUUGCCGUCAGCUGCUUCGAGUGGCUGGACCUGGACCCGCUCAACAGGUGCAAAGCUGAGGGUAAGGAGGGCACCUCACCGGCAUCGAGCGGCACCGUGACUGUAGUGGGAGGGCCAGCCGGCGGGGACCCCUGGGACGCCGUGCUCCUAGAUGAGACGGAGGGAGGGGCUGGCGGCAGCAGUCCACCAACUGAGGUGAAAGGUCAUCUCGCAGGUCGCUCUCAGCCUCGGCAGUUGUCGGUGGGGGCGGGGGUCACCAGGAGCCACUCCCUCACCAUCCCAGAAUCCUCUUCCCAGCACAAGCCAAACAAUCAGCACGAUAAGAGACCUGGGAGAGUACUGUACACCGCCCUGGAGGAGAAGGAAGCCCAGAACCUAGAAGUUGUAGCCUUCUGUGAAGACGUAGAAACCCUGAGGUCAAAGUUCGCCCAUGAUGACCUCCACACCAACCCGGGGUACGUGCUGAGUGCAGUCAUCCCGCAGAGGGACGGGGGUGGGGACAAUGGCUGCAGCGUAAAGGUGUCCAUCGAGAUCUCCGAGUCCCAGGAGCCUGUCACCUUCACCUGCGAUUUGAGUUCUCCUGUGGAACUCCUCAUCAUGCAGGCCCUAUGUUGGGUUCAUGACGACCUCAACCAGGUGGACAUCAGCAGCUACGUCCUCAAGGUCUGCGGCCAGGAGGAGGUGCUGCAAAAUAAACACAGCCUGGGCAGCCACGAGUAUGUACAGAACUGCAGGAAGUGGGAGGCAGAGAUCAAGCUCCAGCUGCUCUCCCAGAGCACCAUGAGAAGAGAUCUGGCACGAUCGGCGGAAGAUGACUCUUCUCCGGUGGACUUGGAGAGGCACCUGAGCCAAGUGGAGAGGCUGUUUAAGGAAAAGGUCACCAGACAAGGCCUGGCCGACUAUCUGGAAGGCUAUCACAAUCAAGUCAACAUCUGCCUGCAGAAUGAGAGUACCCAGUAUAAGACUGUGGAUGGGGUGGUUCAGAUGGUGAAGAACCUGUGCUGUGCCCUGGAUGAGGUAGAGACCCAGGCCAUCACGGAGGCAGUCAAGAAAGUCAAGCGCUCAGUCAACCUCCCCAGGACACGCUCGCCAGAGGUGGGCUCCAAAUCCUUAGGUCGCUCGGCAAAUGGUCACCUCGGCCCCGUAGAGGAGAGCAUGGGCUUCCUGACGGAUGCCGUCUAUGACCUGGCCAAGCUCUACCUGCGCUCCUUCUGCCCCGCCUACUCUUCCUCUAGCUCCUCCCCUGACCCUUCCUCAUCCAUCUCCCAGCAUGCCGAGGGGGAGUCUCCUGUGGAGGGGCGUAGCAGUAAGGAGGCCUCGGGCACCACUGACCACCUGCAGUUCACCCUGUUCGCCAUGCAUGGCAUCCCUGCCGCUUGGGUCAGCAGCUAUGAGAAGUACUACCUGAUGUGUGCUCUGACACACAAUGGCCGGAACCUGUUCAAGCCCAUCCAGUCCAAGAAAGUCGGCACCUACAAGAGCUUUUUCUACCACAUCAAAUGGGACGAACUGAUCAACUUCCCAAUGGCGGUGGCCCUGCUUCCAUUGGAGUCAAUGCUGACUCUCUCUCUCUUCGGGGUUCUGAACCAGAACGCCAGCGGCUCCCCAGACUCCAACAAACAACGCAAGGGACCAGAGCUGCUGGGCAAAGUCUCCCUGCCUCUAUUUGACUUUCGACGGGUGCUGAUGAGUGGGACCAAGCUGCUCUGUCUGUGGACGUCUCCUCAGGCUUCCUCUGCUGCAGCCGGGAGCCGGAGGAAGAACCUGGCUGAGAGGAUCAUACUGCAGGUGGACUUCCCCAGCCCAGCGGUGGAUGUGAUGUACGUGGGACCCCAGGAGAGACCCAGCCCUGAUCCAAACACCCUGGAGGAGCUAGACCCUGACCUGCGCCGCCAGGUGGACAAACUCUGCAGCCGAGCCUCCACCUUCGGGUUGACGCGGGCCGACCGCCAGCUGCUAUGGGAUCAGCGGCACCACUGCCGUGCCCACACACACAGCCUGCCCAAGGUGCUGGCCAGCGCCCCCAGCUGGGACUGGGGCAGCAUGGCUGAGAUCCACUCCCUCCUCCAUCACUGGCCCUCGCUCCAACCAGUCUGUGCCCUGGAGCUGCUUGACUCUAAGUUUGCUGACACAGAGGUGAGGAGUGUGGCUGUCAGCUGGAUCGAAUCCACCAGUGAUGACGAGUUGGCCGACUACCUGCCUCAGCUAGUGCAGGCCCUGAAGUUUGAGUGUCACCUAAAGAAUGCCUUGGUCAUGUUCCUACUGUCCAGAGCACAGGGCAACGUCAGUAUCGCCCACUACCUGUACUGGCUACUGAGAGAUGCAGUGCUAGACCCAGCGUUUGGCCGGAGGUACGACCAAGUGCUGGGGUCCCUGCUGUGUCUGUGUGGGGCCGGCCUCCGGGAUGAGCUGGACAAACAGACCCGCCUGGUCACUCUGCUGGGGGCGCUGGCUGAGAAGGUCCGGCAGGCCGGGGGCUCCACACGACAGGUGGUGCUCCAGGAGGGUCUGGAGAGGGUGCAGUCAUUCUUCCAGAGGAACAGCUGCAGGCUGCCCCUCAGCCCCAGCCUGGAGGCCAAACAACUCAACAUCAAGUCGUGCUCCUUUUUCAACUCCAACGCGGUGCCCUUGAAGCUGGCCCUGGUGAACUCCGACCCUCUGGGAGAGGAGAUCAACGUCAUGUUCAAGGUGGGAGAAGACCUGAGGCAGGACAUGCUGGCUCUGCAGAUGAUCCGGGUCAUGGACCGCAUCUGGCUUCAGGAGGGACUGGACCUGCGCAUCGUCAACUUCAAAUGCAUCUCCACCGGGAAAGACAACGGAAUGGUGGAGCUGGUGCCGUCCUCUGACACCCUGAGGAAAAUACAGGCGGAGUACGGAGUGACGGGCUCCUUUAAGGACAAGCCCCUGGCGGAGUGGCUCCGCAAGUACAACCCUGCUGAGGACGAGUACGACAAGGCUUCGGAGAACUUCAUCUACUCGUGUGCGGGCUGCUGCGUGGCCACCUACGUGCUGGGUAUCUGCGACCGCCACAACGACAACAUCAUGCUGCGCUCCACCGGUCACAUGUUCCACAUCGACUUUGGCAAGUUUCUGGGCCACGCCCAGAUGUUCGGCAGCUUCAAAAGGGACCGUGCUCCAUUCGUGCUUACCUCUGACAUGGCCUACGUGAUCAACGGGGGAGAGAGGCCCACCAGUCGCUUCCAGCUGUUUGUGGACCUGUGCUCCCAGGCCUACAACCUCAUCCGCAAACACUCAGGCCUCAUCCUCAACCUGCUCUCCCUGAUGACAUUGUCAGGCCUACCAGAGCUGACGGGAAAUCAGGACCUGAAGUAUGUAUACGACGCUCUGCAGCCCCAGACCACCGACGCAGAGGCCACCAUCUUCUUCACCAGGUUGAUCGAAUCCAGCCUGGGCAGCGUGGCCACCAAGUUCAACUUCUUCAUCCACAACCUGGCCCAGCUGCGCUUCUCUGGCUUGCCGUCCAACGACGAACCCAUCCUCUCCUUCUCCCCCAAGACCUACACGCUGAAGCAGGAGGGACGCAUCCGCGAUGCCUCCAUCUUCUCCUUCCAGAAGAGAUACAACCCCGACAAGCACUACACGUACGUGGUGAGGCUCCUGCGAGAGGGGCAGAGUGAGGCCCAGUUUCUCUUCCGCACCUUCGAUGAGUUCCAGGAGCUCCACAACAAGCUGUGCAUCCUCUUCCCUCUGUGGAAGCUGCCAGGGUUCCCUAAUAGGAUGGUGCUGGGCCGUACCCACAUCAAGGACGUGGCGGCCAAGAGGAAGAUUGAGCUCAACGGUUAUGUUCAAAACCUGUUGAGGAGUUCCACAGAGGUCACACAGUGUGAUCUUAUCUAUACAUUCUUCCAUCCGAUCGCGAGAGACGACAAGACGGAAGGAUUGGAGGCGACGGCCAGAGCACCAGAUACGCCACCGUUGAGUCCCACCUCCGGCAGAGUGGAGGGGGAGGUGAAGCUGUCCGUGUCCUACAGGAACAGCACACUCUUUAUCAUGGUCAUGCACAUCCGGGACCUGGUAUCUGAGGAGGGGACAGACCCUAACCCAUAUGUGAAAACCUACCUGCUCCCAGACCCCCACAAAACCUCCAAGCGCAAAACAAAGAUAUCCAGGAAGACAAGGAACCCCACUUUCAACGAAAUGCUGGUGUACAGUGGCUACAGCAAGGAGACCCUGGGGCUGCGGGAGCUACAACUGAGCGUGCUCAGUGCCGAGUCGCUGAGAGAGAACUGCUACCUAGGCGGCGUCACGCUCACACUCAAAGACUUCGACCUCAGCAAGGAGACGAUCAAGUGGUACAAGCUGACCGCCGUGCCCUACUUCUAGAUGACUCCACCUGAGAAAAACGCUGCUUAUCAAGAAAACUCCCGAGAUACACCUAUUUAAGGGCAGCGGAACACCCCAGGGUGGUGCCUGAAAUCCUCCCCCUCCCUCCUCAAGCUUAAGGCCCUGUCCAGAAACCACCCCUAGCCCCUUACACCUUAAGGCCCUGUCCAGAAACCACCCCUAGCCCCUUAGACCUUAAGGCCCUGUCCAGAAACCACCCCUAGCCCCUUACACCUUAAGGCCCUGUCCAGAAACCGCCCCUUAGACCUUAAGGCCCUGUCCAGAAACCACCCCUUGCCCCUUACACCUUAAGGCUCUGUCCAGAAACCGCCCCUUACCCCUUUUGGCACUUCAUGUAGAUCUCAAAGAAUUAUAAGCAAUAUGGUUGUAGCACCGACCUUUCAGCUCUACACAAGUGCCUAGAUAGAUGGAGGCUAGGGGUUUAUUCUGGGUGGGGCCAUUCUCUCCCUCACUAAUCAAGGUUUUUUUCUCAUUGUAGCAAACAAUCUCCACUUAUUUAGUUUGUCCUAAACUAUAACACGAGCUGUAAUGUUUUGUACAUUUUGACAUUCGAGGACCAAAACAUCUUACCUUCAGAAGAGUAUAUAUAGAUUGACACUUUUUUUUAUUUUUCUUUUUUUUUAUAUAGUGGCUCAUUUUUACUUCUUUUUUUUUCUACGUAAACAAAUAGGAAGCAUCUGGUUUCCUGCUAAGCUAGCUGAGAACGUCUGGGAACGUGCCCAUCACAAACCAGACUCCAGGAAAGAGAGUGUUCUUGUGUUUCCCAAUCACAUGCCAAAAGAACUGAUGAUGGCAAACCACUCUUCCAAAGGGGAACCGAUCAUGGUGCCUUGUUUGUGUUCACAAUCUCUUAUACACUCCACUUUAGCCUUAUUGCAAUGUAUUUUAUAAAACAAAUUGUGAUAUCCCAAUUGAAAAAAUACAUAUAUUCUGUCAAAUAAUGUCAACAGUUCUCAGUGUGAGCAGGGUGCUGGACAAGCAUCAGAAGGUGUUGGAACGGUCGGCUCCCACUUGUAUGCACACUACCAUAUAUUUAUUAUGGUAAAUACUUGACUUUUCACUGCACACUUUUGGGGAAGACAAGUUGCCUCAAUGCUGAUCCAAUGCCAGUUUUUUUUUAUUUCACCUCCUAUUGGUUUUAAGGGUAGAAUUUGGAGUGGGGUAAGCUGAUCCUAGAUUUGUGCUCAAGAGGUAACUCUGACCUGGAGCUAUCUGGACAAAAAAAGGGAAAGACAUCCAGGGCAGGAGAUGCACUGCUUCCUCUGAGCUGCCUAUAAACCUAAAGAUGAAAUAGUGAAUUAAUCCAGGAGGGGUUUUAAAGAGAAUGUCAACAAAGACAAUUAUGAUAAGCAUCACUCAUGCUAUGAAUAGUGACUUGAUCUUCUAUUUUAAUGACUGUAUAAGUUUCUAUUAACAUGGCCAGUUAUUUAUUCUUAAUUGGUUACCUUAACCCGAAUGAAUCGGUGUGUACUGUAAUCCCUCUUUCCUAAAGCAAAUUAAAUGUUUUUUGAACAAA